AUGUUUUCAGUCUUUGACCGCAACAAGACUUUCAAGCCGCGCCGCAAGAUAGAGGCCUCCAACCCACGUUACGAAGUACACAAACUCGCACAUGAAGUUUUGAAGGCUUCUCUCGACACCGGAAACUUACGAGAGGCUGUCAAAGUUCCCGACGGCUACGAUGUCAACGACUGGAUCAGCGUCAACGUCGUCGACCUCUUCAAUCAGGUCAACCUCAUCUACGGUUCUAUGUGCGACAAAUGCACCUCCUCCUCCUGCCCCGUUAUGUGCGCCUCCCCAAAAUACGAAUACCUGUGGGCAGAUAAUGACCGCCACAAGACCGCCGUCAAGGUCUCCGCCCCGAAAUACAUCGGCUUGCUCAUGGAUUGGGUCGACAAGCAACUAUCCAAUGAGGCUAUGUUCCCUUCUAUGGAGGAGACCAAGUUUCCAGAAAACUACGGCUCUAUCGUCAAAACCAUUAUGCGUCGUCUUUUCCGUGUCUACGCUCACAUUUUUCACUCCCAUCUUGACGAAAUUGUAGCCUGUCGUGCUGAAGCUCAUCUUAGCACGUGUUUCAGACACUUUAUGUAUUUUGGCUGGCUCUUCAACCUCUUACCCCCGAAAGAGCUCGAACCUCUGAAAGAUGUCAUCGCGUCUUUGUAA